AUGGGGACUGUGAGGAGGCCUGUCAGGUUAAGCUGUGUCAAGCUGGAUGCCGGAUGGGAGACCGGAAGUGGGUGGCAGCCGCGCGGAGCUCCACCGUUUCCCAGACCAACUAACUACCCAUCAGCAGACCUGCCGUCCUCACACGAGACAUGGGACCGUGGAGCCACCGAGGGGGGGCAACUCUUCUCAGCGGCUCGGACCGGAAGAGAGAGGUUAAAUGACACCCGUGUGUUUGUGAUACCUGGGGCAAAGUGCCACACCUUCGCUUUGCACGACAGCCACAUCUAUGACCCCUCCGCCGACGUGAGGAAGAGCGACUCGGCGGGCGGCUCCCUGUACCAGCCGCACCCCCCCGCCGGCCAGAAGCAGGGCUUCCACAACCUGGGCUUCAGCAAGUCCGCCGACAGCUCGCUCAAGCUGGAGAUGGACAACAACCACGUCAACCAGCGGCUGCACGGGGCGCCGGCGCGGGGGGGGGGCCUGUCCCCCGAGGGGGGGCUGUACAUCAUCCAGCCGGACGCCCGCUGGACGGACCGGGUCCAGAGCCAGGUGCCCGUGUACCCGCGCAUAGAGGAGUACGGCCACCACCAGACGAGCCCCGCCGGGGGGGGGGACGGCUGGGAGAAAAGCCCCUCGUCGGUGGACGAGGUGGACGAGGGCGUGGGGGGGACGCCGGACUACCCCUGCGACACGGGGGACGAGGCCAGCGUCCUGUCGGUGGACGUCCACACCAGCAGCACCAGCCUGUCCUCCGCCGCCACGCCGGACGAGCCGCCGCCCGCCCGGACGCCCCCCGCCCCCCCCGGGGAGGGCGGGGGGGAGGCCUGGAGGGGUGAGGAGCAGGGGGAGGAGGGGGAGGAGGUGCAGAGCGUGACGGACUCCAUGGUGGCCGAGGCGCUGGCCGCUCUGGAGGCCGCCACCGCCGGCGAGGACUGCGAGUGA